GUGGUGGUGGUGGUGACUGUCGAAUUAUGGUGUCGCAUGGAGGAACUGUACGUGGAGGAGUGUCGUGAGACGUAGUCGAGGCACGGAGGCUGACAGGACGUUGCCAACGUCGCUAUCGUACAACGUAUAUUAUUAAUCCGCGUGACGUUCCUUCCAUCGCUCGGACAGAAGAUCCACCGAAAGACUAUAAAUCCUCGAUAUCCAAUUAUUCUCUCCGCAUCGUCCGCGAGUAAUAUCGACGCGAGUUGGAAAGUUGACCGGGUCACGGUUGUAGCGUGGAAUAUUUAGAGUAGAGAGGAAACAGUGGCAAUUCGCGCUUGGUUCCAGUGUGGCCCCAUGGCGGAACAGCCUCGUGUUAAGUGCAACGUACGUUUAUUUGGAUGUUAAGUGCCGGGACCGACCUUGGGACUCCAUGAGUCGACCACAACGCUGACGCUGAGGGAAGCAUGGAUUACUCGACGAAAGUUACUGUUAAGAGUGGCCCCGAUCAGGGACACGAGAACGAAGCACAAGCUGAUGCUGCAUCGUCACCAUCGAGUGUCGAGUUACCAGAAAGCGCGCAUCCCUGUCCAGCCUGUCCCACCGUGUUGCCUACCUCCAGGGAGCUGACGAACCACCUUCGUGGCCACAACUCGCCUCGCAGCACAGACUGCAGCGGUGAGGAUGACUACAGCUGCGGAGUGUGCAACAAGGUGCUCAGCUCGGCGAGCUCUCUGGACAGGCAUGUGCUGGUGCACUCGGGAGAGCGUCCGUUCAAGUGCAAGUAUUGCGAAAUGGCGUUCACCACGAAUGGAAACAUGAACAGGCACCUGAGAACGGCGCACAGAGGCGCCUCGCCUCAUAGCUGCACGGACUCCGAGGGCAGCAGCGACUCGGAGAAACCGUCCAAGAGGCGCCACCUCGAGGAGUACAACAACAACGAAAUCACCAAGAGGAACUCGCCGGACUUCAUGGAGAGACGGGAUGAAAAGUCGCCGACGUUAUCUGGGAAGAGAAAAUGUUCGGAUUACUUGAGCGAUAACGAGGGUCAGAAAAGGCACAAGAUUCUCUUGAACAGCUCGAGGACCGAGAUGAAAUCGAGACCGGAUGACAGCCAGAACGUGUACAAUUGCCCGGUAUGCGGUAGACAGGACUUCGCCACUAGCGCCCUCUUGGAGGCCCACUUGGAACGAAGUCACCCGGAAUUCCCGGCUAAGUGCGAUACCUGUAACUUGUCCUUCAAGAAUCACAGAGUACUGAAUCUGCAUCGGUUCAUGAUCCACUUCGCUGAGCAUUCCAUAGGGAACACCGCGAGGAACUUGAGAAAUUCGGUAGUGGGUUUCAAUGACUUGACGUUCGUUGAUUUCUCGUCGGAUAAGUUCCCGGCGAUAGCCAGGGCUGUUUGCGAGCAGUCUCUGCACCGACCUGCCUCCGGGGAAGUGGCCAAGUUCCAGUGCUCCAAGUGUCUGCGGGCAUUCCCGUGUAGAUCCGCGUUGGAUGCCCACGAGACAGACUGUGGCACGAUAAAUUCUCAGAUCAGGACGACGGACGACAGUCAGUCACGGAGAGACGACUUCUUCGCUGGUCUGGAUCUUCAGAACAAGGCUGCUCUGACGGAAGCCAAAGAGGGGAAAGACCUGGCUGACAUACAGAGUAUCAUAUCUGUCACCUCUGGCCCUAUUCUUCAGAAUUUCCCUCGAUCAGACGCUAGCACACCUGAAAAUAACAUCAAAUUCAAUCCCAGUGUGAGUUCCUCUGGCUCCUCGGGCACCUAUUCGUCAGAGUACCACGAGGAGGAAGCUCAAGAUGCGUUCGCCGCUGAGUUCAGGAAGAUGAAGCUGAAGGGAGAGUUCCCCUGUAGACUCUGCUCUGCGAUAUUUCCCAACCUGAGAGCGUUGAAGGGUCACAACAGGGCACACAUGGGUGUAGGGCCUGGCGUGCCUUAUCCCUGCAACAUGUGUCCCUACACCAGCACUGAUAAGGCGACCUUGGUUAGACACCUGAGAUCCCACAAUGGUGACAGACCUUACGAGUGUUCGCUCUGCAAUUAUGCCUUCACCACUAAGGCAAAUUGUGAGCGCCAUGUGAGGAAUCGACACGGGAAAUUGACCAGGGAGGACAUCAAGAGCGUUCUGAUCUAUCAUCCAAACGAGGACUCCACGAAUGAGAAUGUGGAAAGAAGUUCUCCCAGAGUUUUGAAGGACGAAGUGAGGAAGAGUCUCGUUUAUCCAUCUGAACGCGAUGAUCUGCAGCAUCAGACACAGAUGCACUAUCCCCCGGUGCCCAUGGAGGUUAGGGGAGAGAUCAGGAUAAUAGAGGAGGCGAAGCUGCACAAUUCCACGAUGUCGAUGCACAACUCGAACCACUUCGAGAAGAACGACACGUUUUCGAGGCCAGGCCAGCCCAUGGAGCUGAUCCAACGGAACGCUGAGGAGGGUAAGCCCGGUCAAGACGCCAAGUCGGACUACUCGAAGCUAGACGAUGAUUUGGAGUCGAGGUCGUCGGAAGGCAGCGUGUCUCUAGUCAGUGAUACCAAAUCAGAAUCGCACCAAAGAAUACAAGCUAGUCCGAUGAACUUGAAGAAGGGUCUGAACCUGCCCGAGAAUGCCGGCGAAGAUGGACCGUUGGAUCUCUCUAUGGAUGUGCUGGACCUCAGCAAAAAGUCGAAAGGGAAGGAAGACAGCGACUUUUCUGCGUCUCACGAACAGUUCGGCAAAAAUCAGAAAGACUUGUACAAUGCUACCAGUCAGUUACUGUUGACCGAGGCCCUGUUGAAAGCUGGCCAGGGUAGUUCCCAACCUACCUCUCUGGAAGCACUGUACGCUAAUGCCAUCUAUAGGAAUUUCAGCACGUUUCCAGCUGGCGUAGGAGGAAUUUUGCCACCGUACGUGUUCAAUCCUCACGUCUUUGGACAAGACUUCUCUAUGAAAGACAGACUGCAAAAGGAAUUGGUCAGAGGUCUUCAGUUGACCAGUGGUGGCACUUUAGUGGAGUCAUCUAUCGGUGGAGCGGCGUUCACUGCUUUUUCCCAAGGCAGAGACAUGAAUUCUCAGUCCACGACCGAGCAAAACGAAUAUGCCAAACUGAUAUCGGCCAAGAUGGCGAACAAAGGCCUGUCAAACCGCGACAAACCGGAUAACUUACCCUCCUCGAAUUCUGUAAAAAUGGUAAUCAAAAAUGGAGUGCUGAUGCCCAAGCAGAAGCAACGGCGAUACAGAACCGAGAGACCGUUCACCUGUGAGCAUUGCUCUGCGAGAUUUACCUUGAGGAGCAACAUGGAGAGACACAUCAAGCAGCAGCAUCCUCAACACUGGAGCCAGAGGCCCAGAGGAGGACACUCGACCAGGGGAAGACCGCCUUCCAGCCACCCCACGUUGUUACAGAAUCUUGGACAGCCUGCUUCUCAAGUCACCCAGUCAUACACCAACAUCCUGCCAAAAGUUGAACAGCCAGUGAACUCGGAACUAACGAAGCACUCUAUCUCUGACCAAGUGAAGUAUGCUAUUCUGGCGCAGCAGCUCAAGGCGAACAAAGUGGAAGAAAAUGAUUCUGAAGAAGAACUAGUGAUAGACGAGGACCCACAAGAAAAAGAGAGUCAGGAAUCUCAGAAUCAGAAGGAGAAAAGUCUAUUAAGGGGACAGUUGGAGGGUACAGAAUCUACCAAAGAAGCAGCGGUGAAGGAGGAAGCGAAAGAACCGCCGAAAGAAGUCUCACAGGAGACAAAUGCCGAGUCUGAAAAAAAGGAAGAUACUGAUACCGAAGAAACGAAGUCGACUGAGUCGGAGAAGCCCACUGAAACGGAAAAGACAACGGAUGAAAGCCCCAGCAGAGUGUUCAAGACAGAGCCGGUUGAAGUGAAGAGCGAGAAAAUGGAAGAUGGAACAACUGACCUGGCCAGCGUGUCGGAACUAUUGGACAACGCUUCUCAACAGUACCAGCAGUUUCAACCGCAAUACCUGAGUGACGAGGAAGGUUUAGUGGCGUCCAACAGUGACUGCAAUAACUCCGGCAGCGACGAGAAAUCCGACUCUGUAAAUUCGUCAAACUCGGUAAACACCUCUGCGAAAAAAAAGAAGAAAAAGAAGAAGAAGAAGAAGAAGAAGUCUGCCUACUCGAUGGCACCCAAUCGAGUCAUCUGUCCGUACUGUGAGCGGCCAUUUCCUUGGACCUCGUCUCUCAGAAGACAUAUCCUCACACACACAGGACAGAAACCUUACCAGUGCGUCCAUUGCUCGUUGCUGUUCACCACCAAGUCCAACUGCGACCGUCACUUGCUGAGGAAGCACAAAGCAAACCCCAACAAGAUGCGUCGGGUGAGGAACUCCUCUUCUCCCGAUUCCCAGGCAGUGAGCAACAACAACAACUCGUUUUCCAUGAGAAACGUACCUGAAAGACCAUACAAAUGCAAUCAAUGUCCUAGCUCGACCUUUUCGACGCUGGGUAAUCUGAAGAAGCAUCGUUCUACUAAACACGCUCGGAAAAUAAAGUCCAGAUCGGACACUCCAUCCAGCGAGCCCCAGAACAGUCCUCAAGAGUGUUCAAAGCAGAACAACGAACAAAGCGACUACGACAGUCAAUCCUCUAGCGUGUCCGAAGGCAUGGAAACCUCUUCGAUGCCGGGACUUCCCAAGUCAAAUUCUAACACUUCACCAUCGACCAACGACACGCCCAGAUCCAGGAGACCUUCGCCGAGGUCGUCACCUGGACCCAGCGAUGUACCCUUCAAGUGCCACCUGUGCGACUGCGGUUUCGCAGAGCGACAGGACUGCUUGGAACACAUCAAGGUGAAUCACAAGAGGUCCUAUGAAAUGUUAGUGGCAAAAGGAGCUCUGGAUAUGGACAUUGACACGGUAGAGGACCAACAGCAACCACCGCCACAACAUCACGCCAGCGAUGGAGAGGAGAAGAGAGGACGUUUUCCAGACUACAGUAACAGAAAGGUGGUCUGCGCCUUCUGCAUGAGGCGGUUCUGGUCCGCAGAGGAUCUUCGUCGCCACAUGAGAACUCACACAGGGGAACGACCGUUCUCCUGCGAUAUCUGCUGUAGAAGGUUCACUCUGAAGCAUAGCAUGCUACGACACAGGAAGAAGCACGAGUCCAUCGACUCGACCAUGUAUGUUGGCACCAGUGGCGACGAGGAAAAUUCGCCGACACAGCCACCUACAAUCACUCCGCGAAGCCAGCAGCAACCACCGAUCCUGGUGGCGGCGAACAGCGGAAAUUCUCGCAUUCAGGACAGAAUUUCUUUACCGACUGUUGCUCCAGUCGCGACCGGUGAUGCAGCGCCAAGCGGACUGAUGAGAUUCAAUCCGUACGAGAAGUUAACUACUCUUACGGGAAAACUAGCCAGUAUUCCGCAAAAUGUGAAUCCAGACGCGAGCGAGAGCACGGACAACGACUUGAUUUCUAACCUCCUGGGAAUACGGGACAAGAGUUUCAUCGACCGAGUACUUCAAGCGUCCGCCGAUGACGCCGCCAAGCUAUUGGGAGUGAAACGUAGCCAUGAGUGAAGUAGAUUCACCUGUUGUUCUUGGACAUUUCACGAUCGUGCCUUAGGUUCCUCCCCUCUUUGCGUGUAUCGAAGCCAAUCGGUAUAGUCGGUUGAGCUUCGCGUUAUAAAGAUAGUGUCAGUAGGUAUUUGGAAGGAAAGAAUUGUGGGCUAGCGUU